AUGAAGUGUCUGGCUAUAUCGUUGAUCAAGGCCAUACUUACCAGGCUGCUCUUCAUUAUACACGCAUUUAUAGCCACAUGGAAAGUAGUUGACACAAAAUCUGACGGUGUCUACUGGAUACUGAUUCUACCGUCGUUGAUGCUCGUCGCGGAAUUCUUUGUUACAACUAUAGUGAAGAAAGGUGGAGAGUGGAAAUGGUUUUGUCCGAGUGUGUUCCUCUACCUAGGCACCAUAAUACCCUGUAUAUGGAUUCUGGAAGAAGACCUUCUCGAUAAACGACUACGAAUCAUUGCAGACACGGGUUUACCCUGUCGUUUAAUUGAUGACGUAUAUUAUAUCAAUCAAACCACGUUGUCAGAAUUGAGCGGGAUAACUAUACCAGUAACGCUAUCUGAUGACAGUUGGAUUCUGGCUUUGCAACAAUUGUUGAUGUGCCUCAUUAUUUUGGGAAGAUGGUUACUACCAAUGGGCGAAAUAACACGUGACCAGUUAUCACAACUCCUAUUGGUUUAUCUUGGGAUGGCUGCUGAUAUAUUGGAAUUUUCAUCAGAAAGCAUCGAGGAGAAUAGCGUUAAGUGCGACAGAGUUCUCGUCUUGUGCAUAUUGAUGAUUUGGACCUGGAGCCUCCUACAGUUCACUCUAGUUCUGACAGCCACAAAAGCUAGAAAGCCGAGGGUUUCUGGUUUGAAAGUGCAGAACGUGGUGAAACCAGAAGACGCGGAACAUAACAAUGAUAGUGAUCACGCGUGCAUGUUCUGUGAAACUGAGGUAUGGUCCAUCAUGAUAUCCAUAAUGAUGCAAGACGGACCUUUUCUCUUAAUGCGGUUAUAUCUGUUGUUUGGUAAGAAUGCUGUCAGUCAGAUGAUGCUUUGGUUUACUACCAAAAACGUGUUAGUAAUCGCAUUACAGAUAUACAGACUUGUGGUACUAUACAUCGAAGCGCGAUCGAAGAAAAAAAACUUAUCAACAGAAAACACCGUGUCCUCCGACAAAGAGUUCGAGGCGGACGGAAAACAGGAUGAACGAAUCAUUGGAAAUCGCGAAAACGACGAGAAAAGCAGUCACGUACGAUUACAAACCUACGUAAAUGAAGCCUACCAAUAA